UUCUCUCCUUUUUUUCCCCUCCAUUCGUACAGCUGUCUAACCAGUGCUGACUGGAGACAAUUUAGAAGCCGUAUCCUGCACAAGUUAAUGUGAUUACAGUAGCCAGAGUUGUGGCAGGCGUUGAGCUCCUGCGUCAGCCUUUACGCACCAUGCGCCCUGUGUGACUGGGAGCUCUGUGAUUUCGCAUCUCUGUGCGCGCAGAGAUGUUGCAUCCGGAGACGGUGCCUGAAUGAAGAGAACCCACGCUCACUGUGGAUCCAUUCUGUCACGCUGACUCGGACGUGAAACAAUUUUCUGCACACUACAUAAGGUUAAAGGAAUAAGCACAUCUUCCCUCCCUUGGUACUGUCCCGCCCGUCAGCCCUUCACCUCAGGCUCUCACCUCCCUCACCGUGAAGGAGCUCUUGUGUUGCCGCCAUGCCAAAGAACACUAAAGUGACCCAGAGGGAGCACAGCAAUGAGGCGGUCACUGAGUCUGUGGCUGACCUGCUGUCCCUGGAGCACCCUAUGGACUAUAAGAGCAGUCAGAUUAGCAUGGGUCUGAGUCCCGGCUCCACGGCACCAGGAAAGGCCCUGCUGCCCUCCCCUGACCCAGACGCUGAGGACGGCAGGCCAGCCUGGAACAACAAGCUGGAGUACAUCCUGGCCCAGGUGGGCUUCUCUGUGGGCCUGGGGAAUGUGUGGAGGUUUCCCUACCUGUGCCAGAAGAAUGGUGGAGGUGCUUACCUGGUGCCAUACUUCAUCCUCCUCCUCCUCAUCGGCAUCCCCUUGUUCUUCCUCGAGCUGGCUGUGGGUCAGAGGAUCCGGCGGGGCAGCAUUGGCGUGUGGAACUACGUCUACCCACUGCUGGGAGGCAUCGGGGUCUCCAGUCUGAUGGUUUGUGGUUUUGUGGGCCUUUACUACAAUGUGAUUAUCGGCUGGAGCAUCUUCUAUUUCUUCCAGUCUUUCCAGUAUCCACUGCCUUGGGCCGAGUGCCCCAUCAAGAUAAAUGGAACCCAAGCCAUUGUGGAGCCGGAGUGUGAGAAGAGCUCGGCCACCACUUACUUCUGGUACCGUCAGACUCUCAACAUCACCAGCUCCAUCGACGACACAGGCGGCCUCAACUGGAAGAUGACCCUGUCCCUGCUGGUGGCCUGGAUCCUGGUCUGCCUGGCUGUAAUCAAGGGCAUCCAGUCCUCUGGGAAGGUGAUGUACUUCAGCUCUCUCUUCCCGUAUGUGGUGCUCUUCUGUUUCCUGGUGCGAGGUCUGCUGCUGAAGGGAGCCGUGGACGGCAUCGCUCACAUGUUCACCCCAAAGCUGGAGAAGAUGUUGGAGCCGCAGGUGUGGAGAGAAGCAGCCACUCAGGUUUUCUUUGCUCUUGGUUUGGGCUUUGGAGGUGUCAUUGCUUUCUCCAGCUACAACAAGCGAGACAACAACUGCCACUUUGACGCAACGCUCGUCUCCAUCAUCAACUUUGUCACCUCCAUCCUGGCCACUUUAGUCGUGUUUGCUGUGCUUGGGUUCAAGGCCAACGUCAUGAACGAAAAGUGUGUUGUCGACAAUGCAGAGAAGAUCCUAGGUUACCUGAACACAGGUGUGUUGAGCAGAGAGCUCAUCCCUCCUCACAUCAACUUCUCCCACCUGACUACCCAGGACUACGCUGAGAUGUAUGGUGUCAUUAAGACGGUGAAGGAGGACAGCUUUGGACAGCUGGGCCUGGAUGCUUGUGUGCUGGAGGAUGAACUCAACAAGGCGGUUCAGGGCACCGGCCUGGCCUUCAUCGCCUUCACAGAGGCCAUGACACAUUUCCCUGCCAGCCCUUUCUGGUCCGUCAUGUUCUUCUUCAUGCUCAUCAACUUGGGUCUGGGAAGCAUGAUUGGCACCAUGACCGGCAUCACCACUCCCAUACUGGAUGCUUUCAAGAUCCGCAAAGAGAUCCUGUGUGUGGUGUGCUGUAUCAUCGCCUUCCUUUUAGGCCUGCUGUUUGUUCAGCGUUCAGGGAACUACUUUGUCACCAUGUUUGAUGAUUACUCCGCUGGUCUGCCUCUCACUGUGGUGGUGAUCCUUGAGAACGUCUCUGUGGCCUGGAUCUAUGGCACUAAGAGAUUCAUGCAGGACCUGGAGGAUAUGCUUGGCUUCAGGCCAUACUCCUUCUAUUACUACAUGUGGAGGUACGUGUCUCCAGCUAUACUGGUCGUGCUUAUCGCUGCCACCGUCAUCGAGAUGGCCGUCAGUCCUGCAGGAUACAACGCCUGGGUAGAGUCUGAGGGUGCAGAGAAAUUCCACAGCUACCCACCCUGGGCGUUAGCCAUGGCUUACGCCCUCAUCAUCACUGCCAUGCUGCCUUUACCCCUCGUCUUCAUCGCACGCCGCUUCAAUCUGAUUUCCGAUGGCUCCAACAAGCUGUCCGUGUCCUACCGCAAAGGCAUGAUGAAGGACAUGUCCAACCUGGAGGAGCAGGACGAGCAGCGCUUCAUCCUGGGCAAGAACCCCAGCGAGGCUCCCUCCCCGAUGCCCCCCCACCGUACCUUCCUUGGUCCUGGUGGCGCCCACGAGAUGACCAAUACCAAUUAUGGCACAAGCACCAAGACGGGCUACCAGAACAUUGGCUCACCAGAGUCUGAGCUAUGAUCUACCUGUCGUAGAUCCAUCCUCCUUGUCCUUUAGGUGGAGUACUAGGGAGAAAGGGAGGAACAGAGGAGGUGAGGAGGGAGAGAAAAAUCCACUGCUGCUCUUUGUUUUGGCAGCGUUCAUCACAUCUUAACCCACAGAACCCAAUCCCUCCAUCACACCUUUUUCUGGCUCCUGUCGAGUCUCGCUGACAUAAAGGGAUCGUGGGAAUGUGAGUCCCAUCCAGGCAUCUUUUCCAUCUUUUAUUGCUCACAGAGAGAAGGAAAUGUGAACGAAGAGAAGCAUAUAAAUUUUAUUUUGAGGGUUUUGUUAUUUAGUAAGCUCUGGUGAGGUUAAGGUGUGUGAAAUGCUGAAGAUUCACUUUGGACUGAACCGUAGAAGUCAAAGACAGUUAUUUUUGAGUCAAGUGGAUGUUCUUUAUCUUGGAGAUAAUUGUCUUAAUCUGGUUUAGUCACAGAAGAUUGUUAUAUGUGGGGAAAGGAUAGAGGGAGACUCAUGGUAUGAGAUCAUUCCUCAUCUGGAAACACAAGAAUCACUCUAAAUCAGUAUUUAACUAACAGUUCUUUCAGUGUAAACAGUGUUACAAGCACAUCUUUAAGUUUAAUGUGCCUCUCACGCAUCAGCAAUAAUUCUUAUCAAAGCUGAUCUCCUUCUAUUUUUCUCCUGCUCAUGUAGAAUAUUGUAAAUACGUGUUGUGACCUAGUCUGAGAUGUCAGCGUAAAUCGUGUAUAUACACCACAGUUGUGCACAUCAAGGGGAAAGCUUUUUGCCUCGUCAUUUCUUCUCUGCGAUCACCAAAAGCACAGACGUCAGACAUGGUUAGAGCAUCUCUGAGCCUUAACACAGAGCAGCACUUUUCUUUUCUUCUCACGCCAUAUCUGUGCUGUUCCAGCCGCAGCUGGCCAACACUAAGCUUUUCGGUUUUAAUCAAUCAUUUCAAUCAAGCGUUUCCAUUUUAAUCAAUGCCUUCGAAGGGCUGAGGUAGCGGUGCAUGAGCAGAGAUAAGCUCAGGUUGUAUGGGUGAGGCAGAGCAAGCAGAAAUUGGAAAUGCGAGGGUUUAUUCCUUUGUGUAGUAGAAGUGUUUGAGUGUGAAUGUAUUGUCUGCUGCUGAAUGAGAGCCCCGGUGACCCUGCUGCUUUAAAAAUAGAGCAGCUUCACCCAGGGGAGGCUAUGGCAACAAGGAAGGCUCAAUAGAGACAGAUCCUCUUGUGAUGUGGAGGAGGACGAGGAGAGCAGACACCUCGCUUUGUCUGCUUCACCUGCACAGCUGUUUACGUGAUCUCUGACGAUGUGAUAGAGCACUGAGUGAGAGGUUCACUGCCAUGUGGAUUUAUCAUACUUGACAUGUGGGUUUAAUUGUUGUACAUUCCUAAAAUCUGUCAUUAGCACUACAAUUACACUUUGAUGUCUUUUUGUGAACUGAGGUGUGAAAAGUGAAGCCUUUUUUAUUUUUAUGUAUAACCUUGUAAGACGCUGUAUGUUUAGGGGCUUCAUGUGGAAAAUGUUCUGUGAUAGAUGUUUGGAAUAAGCGGUAAUACACACGUUUCAACACUAGGGGGCACUAAAGGCCAGUGGAGGAGGUGUUAAGGUUCUCUCCAACUGGUGGCCCCUCCCUGAGGCAACAGGGAUACUUGAGACUGAGCAGAUGUAGUGAAGCACAGUUAGUCACAUUGUUUGGUGCCUGAACAGCAUCUCUGUUGUCUGUUUGCCUUAUGCUUUUGUCACUUUGUUCUCUUGGUUAUGUAGCGUGUUUGUGCAGUUUGGACCAACUUCUUGUGUCAUUCACUUGAGCACUUUAAUUAGGUUGAGACCCUGGAGGUGGUUUUAGAGGACUGAGAAAUAUUUGGUAAAAUUUAAAAAUACAAGGAAGCACAGAUUGUCACAGAUUUUGUAUGAUUUAGCAAUAUAUGCAUUAAGGCUGUAACUAUAUCAUAAUUUCAGGAUUUUUCAUUGCCAAAAACAAUCAGAUGGACUGAUAAAUCAUCAUAAGGCCCCACAUCUAACAAUAAUAUGCCAAAUAAAUCAAAGUCCCUAGCUUGGGCUGACCACCGUUCACUUUAUUCUGAUGAAAUCUGAACGAUGAAGGUGAUUGAGCUUUCUUUCACUUUUAUAGCACGUCCUGCAAACACUGUCCUUUACAAAAUCUUCAGAACCUCCAAAAGAGCAAGGAACCUUGCUUCAGGUCUAGGUACAGUACCUCCCUUAAUCUGUCAUCUCCUCUGACAUUAUUUAGUAGGAGUAGCUAAACACAAGGCUUGCUAGCUAGCUAACUAGCUAGCAGUCACUGAAGUGUCUACCAGUGUGUUUCAAAUUACAUACCUCUGAUGGAAUACUAUUAAAGCACACUUAAAGGCAGUACAGGGAAUUUAAUCUCAGCAGGUUAGUAGCGACUCAGAUCACACACCGACAGGAAGUGAGGAUGGAUUAACUGACUCUGUUUUCUUCUAUUUAUUUUUUAAUUGCAAGUUAUACAAAGGCGCUUCUAAUCAAAACUUGGUGACUUUUAUCACUCACUAUUAAAUUCAUGUAACUUCUUUAGCCUUUUUUGAUGGCUUGUAGGGCGAGCUGCACUGUAACCUCUGUUAGUGGUGUAGUUGCUCCACUGGUUUCCCCACACUUCUGUGCACUUACAGAUACAUUUUAAAAAGGUUUCCAUGCUAACUGGUUCCUGUGAUCCAGUAAUGGCUGUGUUUACUCGACAUUCCAGCUUCUUUCUAAAGAUUCAACACUUCUGUGACUCGCAUCUCAAAUCUAUUCCAGCCUAAAUGUUUGUAUGAGUGAUUAGCGCAUCACAGUCACCAACAAUAAAUACAUUGAGAAAAAUAAAGAUUUUGUAAACACAAGCAGAGUUUGACUCUAUCUCACCAAUAUUAUCUCAAAAAUUAUUCAGACAGCGACGCAUCCUCAGUAGCUAUGGAACUCACAUCUCUACCACUCACCUGACAGGUAUCAAUCAGUGUGGCUUGGAUUGAUCUAAAACAGUGGUGUCCAAACUAUGGCCCGGGGGCCAAAUGUGGCCCGUGGCCCAUUUUUAAUUGGCUGGGAGCAAAUUCUAGAGAAAAUAUGGCCCACAUUAAAACAUGUGGCUUGAGCUUAACUAUAUUGUACUUCUUGUUUUCAGCAAAAGGCAGUGCUACCUUGGUAAAUCUGUGAACAAACAUUUUGACAAGAAGAUAUCUUGAUUGAUAACAUCCUGAUGGAUUAUCAUAGCAAAUAGCGAUAGCUUGUCAGGGGCAGAACCAGUGGUAGCCAGGGCUAAACAGGGCCCCCUGAAAUCUGAUUCCAGGGUUUUGGGGUGCAAGUCUAUUUGCCCUGACAGCCAUUAACUAGCCACUAAGGCAAACCCAAUUGUUAAGCAUGUAUUAACUUAUAAUUGAUUAGUCUUACUAACUUUAAAAUCCUCAUGGCGAGGAAUAUGGAAGUGGCCCCACCAUUCUUAUAUAUUUCCAUAUGUGAUCCUCUGUGGAAAAAGUUUGGACACCCGUGAUCUAAAACUUAAAGUUACCUCGGGUAACAAAUGAAGUUUCCUCCACACUACAGCUAAAUUAAACACUAAGCUGCAGCCCCUACCACACUCAACAUUACUGACACUUAUACUCUUCGACAGAGACUCUGGGAACACAGUUGAAAUACCACAAAUAACCAUUUUAACGGAAACACAGUAAAAAUACCGUUAGUAACUGUUUUCACUGAGCUACAGGAACACAGGACAAGGGAUAGAGUCCACCCUCAACACAGUUCCUGAGGAAACAAGUUGUUCCGCGUCAGCUUCCAAAAUAAAACAAUGAAUAAGCAGACAGAGCUAAAAUCACACCUGUUUGAACUGGAUUCCAGAAUAUUACAGGAUGGAAUUAUAAAUAAAUAGCUAAAUACAACCAUGGAUGGUCUUGAGUGUGCCAGUAGUAUACUGCAUUUGAGUAAACUUCUCGUUGUGAAUGCACUAUGUGCCAGUAUUUCGUAGGGGUAUGCAACUUGAGACCCAGGUUACUUCUUCAUGCUCCCUCUCUUUUUUGAUGUUGCAACCAGUGUGAAGAAUCCCUGCAGCCCCUUUCAAAAAAACAGAUACAUAGGUAUUACUGUAUGCAUUUUUAAGCACAACAUUCAUAUUUAAUUUUUUAAAAAGAUGGUUGUUGUCUCUAUUACAGGUUUCUUGUGACAGUCCUAACCUGCAUACUGUGAGAUAUUAGUCUGAAUGUCCCUGAAUGACAUCUGGUUUCUUGUUUUUAUUAGUACAGUGGAUCUGUGCGUCAUUGCCUGUAAUUUAGAUUUCUCUGUACACUUACAACAGAUUUUUAAAAGUUUGGGUUAAAUGAAAGUUGCAAGCAUGCUUAAUAAUUACAAGAAAAACGCAUUUUCUUCGAAUGGGCUUAUUUUAUACCAGUUGUUUUCAGCCUUUUUCUCCCUUGGAGCCCCCCUAAUUUUAUUUAAGAAAAGCUGAGCCCCCUGCAGAAGACCCCCAAUGAUAAAAAAUAAAAUAUUUCUGUCAAAAAUCAACACCAAUGUAACAGUUUAAUUUCUGAAAACCUUAGAAAAUAGACCCACGCAUGUUUUUCUUACCCAAAUAUCUCAGUCUAAACUAUUUAAUUAGUGUUUUGUCAUGAUUUUAGUGGAUAUGUGUAAAUCUAAAACAAAGCUUCAGGCAUUCCUGAGAUUUAGUAACCUCUGGAGUGUAUAUCAGUGUAUAUCAGUGUAUAUGUUACCUGAAUCAUACACUUAAAUACACUCAUGGUUAGCUGAUCAUUAUGAUGAAGGUAAUUCAGCUCACAGGCCACCAGCUUCUAAAAGGACACACCUGCACUCACUUAUAGCAUUUCAGGUGCUUUUUUUUCCAAUGCAAAGGCAUAAAGAUCUAUCUAGAUCAAAUGUACCACACCAGAUGUUUCCAGCAGAAUGACUUUGAUCACAGAACACAAAGUGAGCUGCAGCUCUGGAAUUUAAGCACAUUGACAGAAGCACAGGAAAGAGAGCACAAAGGCGAGAAACUCACCAGUUCAAAUGAAACACCUGGCUGGUAAAACUUGCAGAUUAUGUAAGUUACAGCCUGCUUCUUGCACACUCUGAGGGGUCAUUUCAGGAUAAAGGCUGCACACUAAACUACACAGAUGCCUGCACAAGAAAGCCAUUCAUUUGUUCUGCAUCUUAACUGUGGCCAGAGAGUAUUAGCACAGUAACCAUGAGAGGACAUGAGAGCACAAUGACAACAGACUUUUGGAAAGGCAGCAUGCAGCUCCAGACUUGAGGAACUUCCAAUACUGCACAGUAAAAAAAAAAAUCUCUGAUAUAAAUCAGACAUUUGCAUUUAUAGUAGAUAUUUAAUAUCUAUAAUGACAAGUAAAAACUCCAACUCCAGGGUCUCUUUGUCUCGUCCAUGUGUCAGCUGUGUUGCAUUAUGUACCACAAGGCAACUUGUGGAGGUUAACUCACUGAAGUAACUGAGAUUAACUCAAUAAAAGUAGAGUAAUAUUGUGUUUAUUUAACCGUAAAAAUAGUCUCUAUGUGACCAAACCCAUAGUUAUAUUUAUAGUAUUUAAGAGAGUGUAUUUAAUCUGUACAUAUGGAUGUACAUUCAGAUCAAUUCUCACUGAGUAUCUAUAGUAUAAGAGUGACGGACUGUAUACUUGAGCUGUAAAUAAUAAAUGUAUAUUUUGAGAUAUUUUUUUGAUUUUUGUACUGUAGGUAACGUUACGUUGGUGUCUGUUGGUUUCUGGUGUUAGUGUGUGGUUGUUCUGAUUGUGACUCCGUAUGUGUGUGAGAGUGUGUGUUUGUGUGUGGAUGUGCGUGCGUAUAAAGUAAAGGUAAAUGUAGGUUUUGGUGUUUAAAUGUGUGUUUUUUUCUCCUCUCUCAGUGUUGUGUGCUGCUGAACUAAUCCAGUAGAUUCAAUCCUGUUGUUACAGAGAACUGGGACCACAAAUGUAAGCAAUCUCCUCUCUGAGUUUCUCAAUGAAACUGUGAGCAGCUUCCAGCACAGAACUGGCAACGCAAUCACAAGGAAAAUGUCUGACUGAAACAAGCAGCCCAACUUUUUUCCUCCUUUGGUUGAAGACAGUGAUGGACUGUAGGAACACAAUGGAGCAAACAGGAAAUUAAAGUAACCACUUUUAUUAAACAGA